GGAUAAGUGGCAUAAUAUGGAGUUUUCUUCUCAUCUCUAUUGGACUGAACAAGCUUCCGUUAGAAUAUGCAAAUAUUUGCAAACAAAAGAACAGUUCAAAGAGGAAAUAAGAACACCUCUCCACCUGGAUGUGGUUAUACUUUUGACACCUUUCUGUUCUAUACUGGAGGAUCACUAUCCACCUCGUAGUGGUUUUCAUAGCAUCGUGGAUGGUACCGCUUCAGUAUUGAAGCAACUCAGCUCUCUUGUCUACUCAAAAGGAUUAACAAGCAUUCAAUCUUUUGUGGUAUUUGAACAACGAGGUAUCUUGUGUUGUCGAACGUUGAGUGGUCUGAAAACCUUGGACAUAGAACAGUGGCAAAGAUUUGAACAAGAAAGUUUAACACAGCUGGAAAAGCAAAUUGAACAAGUUUAUAUUCCCUAUUUACAAUCAAAAUCUUGCUUGAACAAAAGUGGAGUGGAUUUAUACGACUUGUUGGUACUAGAUUGUAUUCACGGUGGUUGUGUUGACUUGGAGACUACUGAUUGUGUCUUUCGUCGAUUAAUGUUGAUCACAUCAUCACCAGCUAUUAUUCAAUCUAAUCAUAAUGGGGAUAAGAAUGCAAUCAAGUUUUUGAAUAGAAAAGGAAUGGCUUUGGACCUCGUAUAUGUAUCAUGUGGUGGUUUUGGAGAACAAAUACCGAGCGCUGUUAUAGCCUAUUGCUUGUUUAGCGGUGGAAAUAUUUGGAAUUCGAGCAACAUACGAUUAUUUAGUCACAGACUGAGUAACCAGAAUUCUGUCAUAGUCAAUGAAUGUAGGGAAGACAUGGGUUCAUUUCAAAUCAACUAUAGUUUGCAGGAUAUCUUAAGCAAAUGGUUUUAUCAUGAAGAUAGUGUCAUAGCUACUUCUCAACAGUGGAGGUAUACUGGUCAUGCAUUGGGAGUUUUUAUACAAUGGCAUAUUCAACAGGGGUUUAGACUCAACUAUGACACGUCGGUGCAGUCGACAAGUCGUAGUUUUCGUGAAGAGUCAUACUUAUCAUUUUACUUGUUACUGAAUGAACGGUUGUUGGUGAUUUGUCAUAUGCAUAUUGACUCAAGUCAUGCAUAUAUCGAUACGAAGUCUUUAGAAUGCUCAAGCCAUGAUGAAGAAUGUAACAUGCAACAAAUGGAUUUUUGGGUGCAAUUGGAACUAAGAGAAAGGAAGGAGGAAGAUGAUGGGAUUGUCCGUAAUCAUUCUUCUUUUGACCGUUGGUUGAGUUUGUUGGCAUGUGAACAACUAUUGUUUCAAUUGUAUACGAAUCCAAUGGAGGUUGCCUGUUGGAGUCAAUGUAGCGAUUGGUGGAAGGAAUGUCCUUGUCUGAUCUUUCAUAUCCUAAGGAACUCUCAAACCCGUGGUUUGGAUGUACCAGUUAUACAGCAAGUGGAGGAGUUUCUGUUAUCUUUGUACCCUGGUUCCACUUGUAAUAAUCACUUUUUGAUGUUUCAUAUCCAUCCGUCACAAUUUUUGCUAUUUUAUCUCAUUCCUAUCUGUCCUAGAAACAAAGGUGUAAAACUUAUUUUCGUAGGAUUAGGGAUGUUUGUGCAUCAGUGGAAGCAUUAUUUGGAUUCCUUAUUUAUGCAAGAUGAAUGGAAUGUAUGGUGUUAUCAUUUGGAGCCGAGUAGUACAUGCUCCUAUUUCCUGUUGGAAGAUGAAAGUAAACCAUUGGGUGAUAUAGAAUCUCUCCAUUUUGCUUGCAACAAUAGUUAUAAAGUACGUAUUCAAUUGUGGGGAGAAGCCAAUCAUCGUUGGAUAUUGCCUACCGCUAAUGCAGCUCAUCGAGUUUGGCAAAUUUUUUGUUUAAGAUUGAAGACAGUGGGAUGGUCAACAUUGCAAGAAGAAGAAAAUGGUUUAGAUGGCAACCGAAUGAUGAACAAUGUUGUGAGUUGGUGGAUAGGUGCCCAUUAUCCUUUGGUUAUUGGAUUAGAACGAGAGAGAAACCAAGUCAAAUUGUAUUGCAAUCAUCGAAUGAUUGGAAAGGAUUCGCUAUUGGAUGUUGCAUCGUACACAGCAGUGAGUUGUUAUUAUGCACUGGAUGUUGUGUUGGAUUUGUGUAAAGUCAAUGUGCAGCAGAUGAUCAACAGUACCGAACUGAUUGUGAAAAUGGAUGAUUCUAUAUGGCAUUUUGCCAAUGUGGUUUAUCAUGCCAAGGUGAAGAGUCGUCUACUUGCGUCCUUCCAUUUCAAUAUCGAUUGGAUGACAAAAACCAUUUGUCAACAAGGCGACUGGAUGCCUAUAGAAAGCAAUGAUAAGAGUAAGAGAAUGGAUACCGUCAUUGGAGAAUAUCAAGUUGAGUCAAAAUGUUUGACGUUUGUAAGGAAAAUAUAUUGGCAAGAUAAGAAUGUACAACACGAAUGGCUCGUAGGAAUGAUUAUCUUAAUUACUCAACAAGGAGAUCCCAUUUCAUUGUUCAUUGUAUCAUUGCAACCAAUAGAGUGGCUAUCUCAUUUACAAAUAGAUGUUAUACAACGUGGUUGUCGAUAUCAUGGCUCUUGUGUGGUUCAACAAAUCAAAAGAAAUAUUUUUUGGAAUAUUGUCAAAGAGAAAAAUGAAAGCGUUGCACAGUUGUGGAAUGAAGAGAUUAAGAAUUGGAAACCUGUUCGUUGGUCUUUGAACGAAAUUUGGAGUGAAAAUGGCCAACAAGAACAGUUGUUUUGCACUUCAUUGCAAUUACGUGGUUAUGUACCAUAUGCUAUGAAGUGGCUUAUAGAAAUGUUGUCUAGUUGUGGGUACCAUCCUUUGCUAUCUGAUGAUGACUGCACAACAUGGCUUAGGUUUCAUUACGAAGAAGACGAAAGCGAACAGUUGAGAGUCGUUGCGAAAAUAUAUCGCAACGAUAUCCAAGUCUGGUUAGAAUUGUACAACUUGGCUACGGGGUCUGAGCAUUCUCGAAGGUGGAAGAAUUGGAUACUUUUUCAUGAAUGGAUAAUGAAGAUCCUCGGAAAGUAUCUUCGAUUAUGUUUCAAUAAUUAUUUUUGCUUUUCUAGUUGGGUAUUAUUGGAUGAUAUGUCAGUCUUUUGCGAAGAUUGCUUGAAAUGCAUCUUUUCUGAACAUCAAGCAUCCUUUCGGGAAACUACAAAAGUUGUCGAAUGGCGUCAACAAAAUGUUUGGUUGUUACAAUCGAGUCAUAUAGACUUGUCUUUGGAAGUGCACGUCAGGAAACAACAAGAGUGGCCGUUACAAUGUGUGCUAUCUUUAAACUAUGUCUCCAAAGGAACGUGGUGGUGGGAGAAUGUGUCUCUAAUAUCUCAAUUCCUUUGGUCAGCCUUCAUUAUUGAAUAUCUGCAAGGGAAAUAUCUGGUUCAACAGUGGAAUCAGUUGGAUAUACCUACGGAGAAUAAAGUUGCAUCCAGAUGGUUGAUAGAUGAAGAGAAUAUUAAUACGAGAAAUGAAGGAAUGUUGUUUCAGUUCCGUUCCAUGGAACUGGAAUGGAAAUACAAGGAAAUAUCUAAAAUUGAUUUCAUCGAAGAAUGGAAACGACAAUUAUGUGAACAAAAAGGGGAGCUUCAUGUCGACAAAAAUUCUCAUAAAUGGACUUGUGUAGGUUUGGCGUCCGUCAGUCAACUUCAACGAAUACUUUCCAAAGGAACUCAAGGAAUAGAUGAAACGAGGGAUAACUGGAUUCUAUUCGUUUUGGAAAUACCACUGUCGAAAUGGAAUGAUAACUCUAUCGUUGCUAAAACAAUGAGUCUUCCCUUGAGAAUGUUGGAUGAAUUCCUUUGUCAAAAUGAUAACAAGACAGGUAACCAAAUAACUGAAUGGUUACAAGAAAUAGAGCAGACUGCUGAGGAAUCCAAUACCUGGUUGCACACUUGGUUUUCUUCAGUAUUAUUUCAUUUACAUCAAAUCCGACGAUGGAAAGUAGAGAUUGAAAUCUGUAAAAAGGCUUCUUCUUGGAAUCGCCAACUCUUCAUGGAUACGUUUCCACACUAUUCCUUUUUCGAAUUGUGUCGUAAUCAUUUUGCUGAUUUCGGACAUAAACUGGUCAAGACACCAAAAUUGCCUUUAAAGAACGAACUUGAAUGGGAUAAAAUAAUCAAUCCAAUGUCAACUACUUUUUCUGAGACAUUUCAAUUGCUAAGAAGGAACGAACUAGAAGAAGAUCAUAUUUGGUAUCUCAUCAUGUCUUCCCAACAAGAUGAUGCUAUGUUGCUAUUACAUUUGCCGUUAAAAGAAGAACCUAAAUUGGAACUAAUCAUGCAAAGCACAGACCAAAUCAUGCAUGCUCUUCAUUUAGGUUGCCAAUUUCUAAGGUGGUUGAUAAGACAGAUUUGGAGGCAGUGUUGGAAGAAUGGAUAUGACCUUCAAACCAAAUUGAAUAGGACAACUCCAUGAAGAAACCAAAUUAGAUUUUCCAGUUGGUUACAGUAAUAAGGAUGUGU